UGACAGUCCCGCCUGUCCGGACUCCCCAGUCCCAGCAUGCAACGCGCCGCGGUUUGAAUGGCGCUGCUGUCUACGGCGAGUGGGCCGCGGUAUUAGGACGCCGCUGCUGCCAAUUCCACGGCUGGAUUGGAGUCCCGGGCAGCGGCGGAACCCCUGGCGCGCUGGACCAUGAGCGGCAGCAGGAAUUGUGGAGAUUAUGGCAUCUGAAGCUCAAAAUGUUAGAAAACGGAACCUGUUAUGUAUUGAGGGUCGUCCUAUUCAUCUCCCUAAGAAAAGGAGCUCUCAUUCCCUUAAUGAGAAUAUGAAGGAGGAUAAGAAAUCUGCAAAUAAUUUGGCUUCUUGCACACGCAGAACAACAGUUGGACAAACUCUAACCAGCCCUCAUCCUCUGUUCAAAGUAGUAUAUUGUAGAAGAAAGGCUCACUAUUAUUCUCCAAAGCCUUGUUUCAGAAAGAAACAGCUCCCUAAAGUUAGAGGCCGUGACAUGGCAAAUAAGGAAAAUGAACUAGCCUGUGCAGGUAACCUGCCAGCCAAAUUGCCUCCUAAUGGUCGUACUUUCUUACUGAACUCCAGUGAUGCUGGCCGAUCUCAAACAGAGAGUCCAUCAUCAAAAUACAGUGGAUUUUUUUCAGAGGUUUCUGAAGAUCAUGAUACAAUGGCCCAAGUUCUGUUCAGUAGAAAUCUCCGGCUGAAUGUAGCUUUAACCUUUUGGAAGAGGAGAAGUAUAAGUGAACUUGUAGCCUAUUUAGUGAGGAUACAAGAUCUGGGAGUAGUUGUAGAUUGCCUCCCUGUCCUUACCAGCAGUUUACAGGAAGAAAAACCUUAUAUUUCUGUUGGUUGCUGUGUAGACCUUCUACCAUUAGUAAAAUUAAUUCUUAAAAGCAAAUUUGAAGAAUAUGUAAUUGUUGGUUUAAAUUGGCUUCAGGCUGUGAUUAAGAGGUGGUGGUCAGAACUUUCUGUCCAUACGGAAAAGACAGAAGAUGGAAAUAUUCAGAUUUUAAAAGAACAAUUAAGUAUAUUGUGGAAACAAGAAAAUCAUCUUACUUUGGUUCCAGGAUAUACGGGUAAUAUAGCAAAGGAAGUGGAAUCUUAUUUGUUACAGUUGCACUGAUGUACCUGGAGGACAAAGCUGUGUGUGCACUAAUGUGCUUAAACAGAAACUGUCAACAGUAACACUAAGCAAGAUACUCUUUCCAAAUAAUUCCUCAUCUGAGGACUGUCAUUGACAGAAGAAGGCUAGACCAUUGGAUUAUUUAAUGCGAACGCUAAAUAUCCAUCUGCUUCACAUUGAAGUGGAAAAAAAAUCUAACAGGAGCAACUUUUACUUCAGUGAGGUGAAAGUGCACUAUGAAAACUGUAUGUAUGCCUUUGCCGCAUUUGGGGGAUAUUUUCAGUUGCCUGGUGAAAUCGUGAAAGUGUUUCUUCUACAUAACUAUAUAAUACAAAACCGAAUUGUGAAGAUAGAAUUGAAAACCAUUACUGGGAACCACAAAAGAUCAUUCGCCAUAAAGAUUUUUUAAAGUUGUGUUUUUCUUACGAACUGUAAAAAUGUAUUUUCAAAUGUUAAAUAUUUUGACAGUUUUGAUAUACUGAAUUUCUGAAAUGUGUCUGCUAUAUUAAUCAAAAUAUUAAAGACUAUUUUUGUUGCACUACUGAAAAACUGCAUCUAGCAAAGAGGCCUUAACUACUAGAAUUGCAAAUAGCCAAUAUAUUAGGAUAUCAUAUAGCCAAUAUAUUAAAUAACUAUAUAGAGGGAUGGAAAUUCCUUUGAAAAAAAUCAAAGUGUUUACACAAAUUGUGUACAAAUAAUUUUGAAACGUUUUGCACACUGAAAUAUAUUGAAGUGGGGUUUUCCACUAAAUUGACUACUUAAAUACCUAUCUGACUUAAUUAUAAGAGUAUUAAAAUGUAGAACAUGGAGAAAGUUAACUGUAGCUGUCAACAUAAUAGUGAUUCUGUAUAUCUUGCAGAAUUUUAAUACCUUUUCUAAUAUAUUCUCCUCCUUGUAGUUUGAAUUACAUGCAGUUUAGUAAAUGUACUAAUGUUACUGUUCAGAUUUUCCCACUUCAAAACCUUUUCUGCUAUUCUUUGGAUAUUUAAAACUCCUAGAAAUGUUUACAGCCUGACUAGACUUGUGCGUUUCAGAUUUAACAGCGCAGCUGCUACCUCUUCUAACAAAUGUUGCUGCAAAGCUUUCAGACAUAGAUGCCACAUGGUCAAAUUCCUAACUUAACACUGAUUUUUAAAAGAACAAUAAAUGCAGUACAUCCCAUGUACAAGUUUUACAGCUGUACUUUGUUUGGGUUAUUUGUGACAUUUUAGGACAAUCUGCUAUGGAUUACGUGAUCAUUUGAACUGAAAAACAACUUGAUGUGUUUCUAAGAUGACACCUGUGUUUUAUAUAAGUAGAAAACAAAUAUUUCCAAAUAAAGGUUUAGGAAGUGCCAGCAGUGCACCAAAAUGUAAACUGAAAUAUUUAUAGCAUGCUAGCAAAGUUGCUCAUUAUAUUUAAUGUAAUCCCAAAUUAAAUUUAAAUAUUAGUUUUAUGUAUAUAAGCAACUGCAGGCUGUAAGAGGCCUUAUGUACAUUUCCUUAUAAAAACAAUUCUGAAUUGUUAAAAUCAAAAUUAUAAGUCUAGUUCUGUUGACUUACAGACUCUUCCAGUUGUACAGAGUCAUGCAAUUUUUUCCUGGGUCUUAUGUCUUUAUAUAAGAGAAAAGCUGUCGUGUUCUUGAGCAGACAGAGCUAAAAAUAAGGACUAAAUAUGUAAAAUCAAUCAUUAUUACCAUAAUGUUUUUAAGGUCUUACUAUAUGAAAUCAGUAGCAUCAAUAACAGACUGUAUAAUUCUAUAACAUUACUGUAUUCAUCUGAUCAACUAACUUAAGACAAGUAGCAAUUUUAUGCUCUUUCACAUUGACCUCCUAUUUCAUAGGCCAUUUUGCCUUGAUAAUUGCUCUUUCUUUUAUUCCAUUCUACAGAAGGAUAGGUAAUAUAAAGUGGCAUUGCAAAAAAUAAAGGCUUAAAAUAGUUAUGAAUGGAUGGAGAUUUUGG